UGAAAAGACGAAAGAAACUCCCAUUCUUCGUGCAAAGGCGAAAUGCAUCGUUGGUUUAUUAUAUAUUUUUUAUAAAAAGGUUUUUUAUUUUUUAAGUUUAGAAGAAAUGUUUAGAUUCUAAAGAAACUCGAUUCUCAGGUUCCUAUUACCCCUUUUAUUCGUUCCUUUGCUUAACGCGUUGGAUUGUACGGACUGAACUGUAGAAUCCUUGUAUCCCAAGAAAAGCAUAAACGAGUUGCCGCCAAAGUCUAUAUAUUAGAUUCUCACCCCUGUCCUGCUCAUUCUCACACUUCGGCAUUUGCCUUCUGUUUACAAAAAAAAAAAAAGUUUACGCAGUUGUUUGAGAGAGAUCAAAGUACUCAUUUUUAGAUUGUUUCUUGUUGUAAUGGAGAAAGGUGGGUUUAGGGGAAAAGGACGUGCACGUGAAGUUGGUGGAGGAAGAGGUAGAGGUAGAGGUAGAGGUAGAGGCAGAGGAAGAGAUGGUCAGCCUAAUCAUCAGGCGCAGCUGGGAAGAGGUGCAAACCAGGGUUGGAGCCGAGGUCAGGUUGGUCCAGCCCAAAGUGGAGUCCAGCAGGAUCGUGUUCAUGUGAGUCCCAGCCAUGGCGAUUGGACGUCCGGUAGAGGUUGGGGAGCUAACGGUGGUCCUUCUUUUGCUCAAGUUCUGUCAAGGGAAACACCCAAACCUUCUUCUACUCCUCCUACAAUUGUUGUUUCUGAUCCUGUUAUUCCUGCAAUUGCAUCACCGAAAAUUUCAGAGGGGGUGCUGCCUUCGUCAUCAUCUCCUAAAACUGAGGAUAUACUUUUGCCUAUCAAACGACCUGAUAAUGGUGGCACGCGUGCUGUUAAGAAGCUUAGCCUUCUUGUCAAUCAUUUUCCUGUCAAGUUUGAUCCUGAGAAGAUCAUAUGGCACUACGAUGUUGAUGUUAAGCCACAGGUGGCUCUUAGGAAUGGGCGUCCUGUCAAAGUAUCAAAUUCAGACUUGUCUUUGAUACGGAGACAGAUGUCUUUGGAUGAUCCUAAACAGUUCCCUUUGGAAAUGAUUGCUUAUGAUGGUAAUAAGAGCAUCUUUAGUGCAACAGAAUUACCUAAUGGAGAAUUUAUUGUCCAACUCUUUGAGUCUUCUUAUCUGGUGACAUUAAAGCUCGUGAAGGAGCUUAGGCUUUCUCAGUUGAAUGAUUAUCUUAGUGGGAAAGGCUCAUCAGUUCCUCGUGAUACUUUACAAGGGAUGGAUUUGGCAAUGAAGGAAAAUCCAAAAAGACGUAUGAUCUCCUUCAGUCGUGGUCUCCAUCCUAUAAAAUUUCAUCAAGGAGUUGACCUUGGGCAUGGUAUCAUUGCAUCUAGAGAACCUAAACAUAGUUUGAAGCUGACUUCUCAGGGUUUAGCUUUGUGUCUGGACUACUCAGUAUUGCCAGUUCGAAAGUCGGGGCCUGUUAUUGCGUACCUGGAGAAGCAGAUUGAUGGCUUUAAUGUCAAUGAGUUUGGAAAGUUCAAGGAUGAAGUUGAAUUAGCAUUGAAGGGGCUGAAAGUUUAUAAAAGUUAUCUGGACACCAAUCGUAGACACACAGUUGCUGGAUUGACUUCAGAGGAUGCAAAAAAUAUUUCAUUUUGCAUUGAAGACCAACAAGUCAGACUUGUAGAUUACUUCAAGCAGAAGCAUAGCAAGGAUAUCAUGUACAAAGAUAUUCCCUGCUUGGAAUUGGGGAAAAAAGAUGGAAGUCAUUCUGUACCCAUGGAAUUAUGUGACUUAGCGGAAAGACAGAGAUAUCCAAAGGAGUUGCUAAAUAUAGAUUCUUCAAGGAAGCUGAAGAAUUUGUCAUUGGCUUCGCCCUCUGUUAGACAGAACAUAAUAUGUGAUAUGGUGCGGGAUGAAGAUGGGCCUUGUCGUGGGGAAGUUUUGCAAAAUUUUGGAAUGGAAGUAAGCAUGAACAUGACGAAAGUGGCUGCUCGUGUUCUUAGCCCACCUGAGUUGAAUGUUGGUGCUCCUGGAGGGACGAAGAAGAAAAUAAAGCUUGAUAAUGAGAAAUGCCAGUGGAAUCUCGUUGGUAAAUGUCUGGUUGAAGGAAAACAAAUUGAUUGCUGGGCUGUGCUUGAUUUCACGUCUGCUGAACCAAACAAAUAUAGACUGAGGCCUACAGACUUCAUUCCAAAGCUUAUAAGUCGGUGCAAUAAUCUUGGGAUGCAAAUGGGGGAACCUCUCAAUUAUCAGAUGGCUAGAAUGGACAAUUUAAAUAGUGAGGAUGUGCUUCAGAAGGUGCUUGAGAAUAUUCAGCGCCUAUCUUAUCAAAAUGGGAAAGGGCGUCUACAGCUUCUUCUUUGUGUGAUGGCUAGACAGCAUCCUGGCUACAGUUGCCUUAAGUUUAUUUCUGAGACAAAAGUUGGUGUAAUGACUCAAUGUUGUCUGUCUACUUGCGCCAACGAAGCAAAAGACCAGUAUAUUAGCAAUCUUGCUAUGAGUAUUAAUGCCAAGCUUGGAGGCCACAAUGUGGAGAUCGUUGAACCCCUUCUCCGUUUUAAAGGUGAAGGCCAUGUUAUGUUUGUGGGUGCUGAUGUCAAUCAUCCUGGUUUUAAGAACUCAACAAGUCCAUCAAUAGCAGCUGUUGUGGCUUCUAUGAGCUGGCCUGCUCCUAAUCGCUAUGCAGCAAGAAUUCUCCCACAAGAUCCUAGGUCAGAGAAGAUUCAGGACUUUGGGAUGAUGUGUUUGGAGCUUUUUGACUCUUAUGUUAAGUUAAACAACAUCAAGCCAGCCAAAAUCAUUAUAUUUCGUGAUGGGGUUAGUGAAACCCAGUUUGAUAUGGUUCUUAAUGAGGAGCUAGCUGGUGUCAUGAGAGUCUUUCAAGCAAUGGGUUACUUCCCAACCUUCACAGUUAUUGUAGCCCAGAAAAGACACCACACUCGUUUCUUUCCAGAGACCAAGGAAGAUGGUAGUUCCUCUGGCAAUGUGCCUCCAGGAACAGUUAUUGACUCAACUGUUGAUCAUUCUGGGUUUCAUUUCCAUCUUUGUAGUCAGUAUGGUAGCAUUGGGACUAGCAAGUCAACACAAUACCAAGUCCUCUUCGACCAGCAUGGUUUUACUAGUGACCAUAUCCAGCAGCUUAUACAUAGCAUGUGCUUCACUUUUGCUCGCUGCACCAAGCCUGUCUCCUUGAUACCACCUGUGUACUAUGCUGACCUUGCUGCGUAUAGAGGUCGGCUUUAUCAGGAGGUAUUGGAUGGACGGUUUCAAUCUUCAUCUUCUUCAGCAUCACCAUCACAACCAUCAGCUGCUGCUUUUGAUAAGAGCUCCUACAGGGUCCAUCCUGACCUGCGGAAUUCAAUGUUUUACAUCUGAAAAUGCCUCUUAGAACUGUCCCGUGAUAAACUCCUUUCCAAAUCAGCCUAGUGAAGGAGUUUGUGCGUGAAUCUAAUCGGUUUCCAGAUAUGUAGUAAGUGUUAAGUUCUGCAUAUAUCCUCCAAGUUGUCAUGGUUUAUGCAGGCCAUGGAAUUUAGAGGAUUUCUAUUGUUAUGUUUUUAUUUCGAGUCUUUUUAAUGUACAAAAAUGUGUGUGAACCCAGUGAUGUGUUUGAAGUCUUAUGUAAGUAUUUUCUGGGCAUCUUCCUCUUCUUCAGUUAGCUUAGCAUUGCCCUGGGGAUUGAGUUGAGAUGCCUAAAAUAUUACUAUCCUAUGUGUAUGAAUAAAUGAGGUUUGUGAAAUUGAUGUAUAAGCUGGUCAACUAAUUGCCUUUUACUUUUGCGCCCCUAUCUUAUUGUUAUAACUACAAUAUACCCAUAUAACUCAUUAAUAUGUUAAUCCUAUUAAUUCAAAGAACCAACUUGAAUAUAAAUUU